UGCAGUUGACUGUCAUAAUGGCUUUAGUCAGCCUUCGCUCCUGUGGCCGUCUUGGUUUUCAUCUGGGUCUCCGUGCGUAUGCCACUCGACCAGUUGGCACCCCAAGAAAGCGGGAGCAGCAAGAUGACACCCCCGUGUUCCAGUAUGUGGGGCAACACAGGAAGCUCCAAGGGAAGGUGUUUGUGUGGGGCUUCAGCUACACUGGAGCUUUAGGGAUCCCUAGCUUUGUAGUGCCGGACAGUGGCAGAAAAAAGCCCAGGAAGUACCAGCUCACACCUUACCGCCUGGAUACUGAACAGAAGAUUUCCUCAGCAGCCUGUGGAUACGGCUUCACCUUAUUAGCAUCUAAUAGCAGAGAUCUGACCAAAUUGUGGGGCAUGGGCCUUAACAAAGACUCCCAGCUGGGCUUUCAACGUACUCAACACGACCGACAUAAGAGUUACGACUAUGUCCUGGAAGCGUCUCCAGUGUCUCUUCCGCUGGUGAACCCUCAGGAGACACGAGCGCUGCAGGUCUCAUGUGGACGUGCUCACUCACUAGUGCUCACAGACUCUGAGGGAGUUUUCAGCAUGGGUAAUAAUGCUUAUGGGCAGUGUGGGAGGAAGAUUGUGGAGGAUGAAGUGUUCAGUGGCAGUCAUGUUGUUCACAAGAUUGAGGGCUUUGACAGUCGAGUCACCCAGGUGGCUUGUGGGCAGGAUCACAGUCUGUUUCUAACAGACAGAGGCUCAGUGUAUGCCUGUGGGUGGGGUGCAGAUGGACAAACAGGUCUGGGCUAUCACAACAAGGCCUCCUGUCCAGUACCCGUCGGAGGAGAUCUGGCUGGGGUCAAAGUUCAGCAGGUGGCCACAUAUGGAGACUGUAGUUUGGCCGUGUCCACAGAUGGGCAUGUUUUUGGAUGGGGAAACUCCGAGUAUCUGCAGCUGGCCUCUGUCACUGAGGCCACACAGAUUAGCUCUCCAUGGCUGCUGGCCCUGAGGGGUGUGGGUCGAGUCAGACAGGCGGCAUGCGGAGGAACACAGGUGGCUGUACUGAACGAGGAAGGAGAGGUGUUUGUUUGGGGUUUUGGAAUCCUGGGAAAAGGCCCGAAACUUUCCGAGUCUGCUAUCCCAGAAAGAGUGCCACCACGUUUUUUUGGGAGGUCAGAGUUCAACCCUACAGUGAAGGUCUCAUCCAUCCGCUGUGGACUCAAUCACUUUGCAGCCAUCACAGAUCGAGGUGAGCUGUUUGUUUGGGCUAAGAAUGUGAGAGGAUGUCUUGGCAUUGGAAAACAUGAUGACCAGUAUUUUCCAUGGAGGGUGACAGUGCCAGGCCACGUGACAGAUGUUGCCUGUGGUGUUGACCACAUGGUGGCGCUGGUCAGAUCAAUCAUAUGAGACUGUCACGGCAAAUUCGUACUAUUAUUUCAGGCACUUCAGCGAACACCAUUAGAAUGCCACGUUUCAUUAUUUCUCCAGAACCUUUGGACUUGUUACAGGCCCUCACUAAGGAGUCUUCAUGUCACACUGCAUCAAGCCAAGGCUGUGCUUAAGGUAACAAGGAAAUGUGACACCUCCUCUGCUGUUGAC